AUGCGCAAUAACACACUGCGCCAACCGCCACCGCUCCCCAAGGCGGCCAGGACCGGCUGGAGCCGGUUAGAACCAGAGGCGCCAGCCCGCGAGCUGACGCCUCACAAAGGAAGGCGGCGGCGACUCACGGCCCGCGUAUCCUUGCGCGGGUCUAGGGGGCAGGGCGGACAGUGCUCGCGUCGUGCCCCUCCCCGCCUGUUUGCGAGCCUUAGCUCCCACAGCUCUGAGGUUCGUCACACCGUUCCCCUAGAAGGCCGCAAACAGCCCAUGGCCUCUAAAGCAGUGUUGGGGACCCUGUCGCAGCCGGCGAGCCCGCCCCGCCCUCAGGCUCCUCUGCCCCCUCAGGCCACGGGCAGCCCGGUGUCCAUCUUCGUGUAUGACGUGAAGCCCGGUUCCGAGGAGCAGACCCAGGUGGCCAAAGCUGCCUUCAAGCGCCUCAAAACCCUCCGGCACCCCAACAUCCUCGCCUACAUCGAUGGGCUGGAGACAGACAAAUGCCUCCACAUAGUGACAGAAGCUGUGACCCCGCUGGGAGUGUACCUCAAGGCACAAGUGGAAGCUGGUGGCCUUAAGGAGCUGGAACUCUCCUGGGGGCUACACCAGAUCGUGAAAGCCCUCAGCUUCCUGGUCAACGACUGCAGCCUUAUCCACAACAACGUCUGCAUGGCGGCCGUGUUCGUGGACCGAGCCGGCGAGUGGAAGCUUGGGGGCCUGGACUACAUGUACUCAGCCCAGGGCGAUGGCGGGGGGCCCCCCCGCAAGGGGUUAGCUGAGCUCGAGCAGUAUGACCCCCCGGAGUUGGCUGACAGCAGUGGGAGAGCGGUCGGGGAGAAAUGGUCAGCUGACAUGUGGCGUCUGGGCUGCCUCAUCUGGGAAGUCUUCAAUGGGCCCCUGCCGCGGGCGGCCGCCUUGCGCAACCCUGGGAAGAUCCCCAAAUCGCUGGUGCCCCACUACUGUGAGUUGGUCGGAGCCAAUCCCAAGGUGCGCCCCAACCCAGCCCGCUUCCUGCAGAACUGCAGGGCACCUGGUGGCUUCAUGAACAACCGCUUCGUGGAGACCAACCUCUUUUUGGAAGAGAUUCAGAUUAAAGAGGCAGCUGAGAAGCAAAAGUUCUUCCAAGAGCUGAGCAAGAGCCUGGACUCGUUCCCCGAGGGUUUCUGCCGGCACAAGGUGCUGCCCCAGCUGCUGACUGCCUUUGAGUUUGGUAACGCCGGGGCCGUGGUCCUCACGCCCCUUUUCAAGGUGGGCAAGCUCCUCAGCGCUGAGGAGUACCAGCAGAAGGUCAUUCCCGUGCUGGUGAAGAUGUUCUCCUGCACUGACCGGGCCAUGCGUAUCCGCCUCCUGCAGCAGAUGGAGCAGUUCAUCCAGUACCUCGACGAGCCGACGGUCAACACCCAGAUCUUCCCCCACGUUGUGCACGGCUUCCUGGACACCAACCCUGCCAUCCGGGAGCAGACGGUCAAGUCCAUGCUGCUCCUGGCCCCAAAGUUGAACGAGGCCAACCUCAACGUGGAGCUGAUGAAGCACUUUGCACGGCUGCAGUCCAAGGACGAGCAGGGCCCCAUCCGCUGCAACACCACGGUUUGCCUGGGCAAAAUCGGCUCCUACCUCAGUGCCAGUACCAGACACAGGGUCCUCACCUCCGCCUUCAGUCGGGCCACCAAGGACCCAUUUGCCCCAUCCCGGGUCGCGGGUGUCCUGGGCUUUGCUGCCACCCACAACCUCUACUCAAUGAGUGACUGUGCCCACAAAAUCCUGCCUGUGCUCUGUGGCCUCACCGUGGACCCCGAGAAGUCCGUGCGGGACCAGGCCUUCAAGGCCAUCCGGAGCUUCCUGUCCAAACUGGAGUCGGUGUCAGAAGACCCCACACAGCUGGCUGAAGUGGAGAAGGACGUCCAUGCAGCCUCCAGCCCUGGGAUGGGAGGAGCGGCGGCCAGCUGGGCCGGUUGGGCCGUGACGGGAGUCUCCUCACUCACCUCUAAGCUGAUCCGUGCACACCCCACCGCUGCCCCUGCAGAGACCAGCGCCCCUCUGCGGCCCACACCUGAGGGCCACCGGGAGACACAGGAGGAGGGCAGGGACACAGCAGAGGACAGCAGCUUUGCCGACAGAUGGGAUGAUGAAGACUGGGGCAGCUUGGAGCAGGAGGCCGAGUCUGUGCUGGCCCAGCAGGAUGACUGGAGCUCAGGGGGCCAAACGGGCACAACUGGGCAGGCCAGCAUCUCUGACCACAAAUCCCCAGAUUCAGACUGGAACAGCUGGGAGGCUGAGGACUCAUGGGAGCAGGGCUGGCAGGAGCCGAGCCCCCCAGAACCACCCCCUGAGGGCACACGGUUGGCCAGCGAAUAUAACUGGGGCAGCUCAGAACCCAGUGACAAGGGUGACCCAUUCUCUGCCCUGUCUGUUUCCCUUUACAGCUGAGGCCGGACUCAUGGGGUGAUGACAACUGGGAGGGCCUGGACACUGACCGCCAGGGCAAGGCAGAGCUGGCUCGGAAGAAACGGGAGGAGCGGAAGAGGGAGAUGGAGGCCAAACGCGCAGAGAGGAAGGCAGCUAAGGGCCCCAUGAAGCUGGGCGCCCGGAAGCUGGACUGACCCGAAGGGGUGGGCGCUCCCCAAAGGCCGCGACAGCAGGCCUUGCAGGGGUAUUUAUUGUACAGACCAUGUAAGCCGGGCCUGACCGAGCCUGUCUCAAGUGUACAUAAUCAGGACCACAAUAAAUUCUGUUUCACACCCCU